AUGGCCCAAGUUCCCAACGAACUUGUGCAACAAAUCUUGCGAUAUGUCAAUGGCCCGAGCGACCUGGCGAACGUCGUCCGUGUUUGUCGCAACUUCAACGCCCUCGCUCUGCCUUACCUCUACGAAAACGUCGUAUGGACGGACCCCCGACAAGUCGCACGUAAUCUUCCCUUCUGGGUUGAGCAUGCGGAAUUGCGGUCAGUCGUAAGCAGCUUGACGUUCAGCAUCUCCUACAUCGAGACUGGACUGAUUAUGCGUCACCCUGGCCUGGAUCUGGGGUGGAACGCGUUGGUUGUCCGAUGGUAUGCGGACGAAGAAUUGUACAACAUUGUUGUCAGCUCUCUGGCAAGCUUCAGCGGCUUGCGCCAGUUGAGAAUGACCCAUUCGCGCUUGCCAGACGAGAUAUUCGCCAUCAUACACGACCUUCCUAGUCUACGCGAACUCCACGUUGUCGGCUGCGUCAUUCCACUUUCUGCGCUUAGCGAUUCGAUUCCGGACUACGCCAGCCUCCAGAUCACCGACCUCACCCUUUGGGGCGUGUACGAUACUGGUCCGGUCCUGCAUCCUCCGCCUCACCCUCGUUCGGCCCCGCUACAUCGCUUCUACUCGCUGAUGUCCUGUCCUACAUUGCGUAGGCUGCACUUGCUGAUCCAGCGGGACAGCGACCUGAUAGAAGUCUUGUCGGUGUCGGCCAGAUCGAGGAUCGCUAGUAUCCGACAGCUGCUUCCCCGCAUAUCGGCCGGCCUGGAGGAGCUUACUUAUGCCUGGCAGGACUCGACCAUGAAACAAGUGACGCAAACACCAGCUUUGUCGCUUCUGCAGUACUUGUUGCAGUCUUGUUCCCGCAUUUCCAAGCUGACAUGCCUUGACGGAGAUCCUGUUUGGAUGCCAAAGGAGGCGCUCCCCAGGCUGCGCACCUAUCGCGGACCAGCUGCGAAGGGCUUGGCGAGAAAGCUUGGCAAUAGCCCCAUUGUACACCUUUCCAUCGAGUAUGGCCUUCUGCGGGAAAUGGAAUCUAAGGAUGUGUCUAUCUUACCGGUGGUAGAGGAGUUACAUGCCGUGCAGCUGCCACUUCGUGAAUUAUCCAUGAGCUCGCUCUUCUGGGACGACGAUCUGCUAUAUGCAGUUUUCCAACUGUUUCCGGGAUUGUACAGCUUGGAACUGAGGUAUACGAGUGGUUGUCCAUCGGAGGUGCGCAGUUCGUAA